UCAGACAAAAGGGUUGUUUAAAGAUGUCUUCAAGAUCACUUUUACAUGCAAAUCCGAGUCUGGGGCAUCGCUAUUAUGAUUUAUUUCGUUCGCAGAAAUUCGUGGACUGUUCAUUUACAGUCGAGCAAACCAAUAUAAAAUGCCAUAAAUUAAUUCUAUCGGCAGCCAGUCCGGUGUUUGAAGCCAUGUUCUACGGCCCCAUGUCAGAGAAGCACUCUGUCGAGAUCCUAGAUAUAAGCACGGAAACAUUUCGCCUCAUGAUUGAAUAUAUUUACACGAAUGAGGUCGACUUCACGAAAGAGACCAUCGAGAAUAGCAUUGAGCUAUAUUAUAGUGCCGAGAAGUAUAUUCUAACUGAUCUAGUGGCUCUCUGUUUGGCUGCCAUACAGAAGAAGCUCCGGUUCCAAAAUAUUCUGCCCACAAUCGAUUUGAGCUUCCAUAUGGAUCUGCAGCCCUUACUUCAGCUUUGCAUCACAUUUUUCAAUAAGUGCUGUUUGAAUGGUUAUCAGUUUAUGAACUCGUUGAAAUCUAAUUACUACCACGUGACUAAGAAUUGCCUGAAACUCAUGGUGAAGCUGAGCACGCCGUGUAAUCAAUUGAAUUGCUUUAUAAGAGAAUGGUGUCAUCAGGAGUGCAAGAGGCUAGGAUUGAGUGAAAUUGAUUAUAAACUAGUGUUCAACGAUCUCGAACUCACGGAGCUAAUGCAAUUUAGUGAUAGACAAAAAGCCUUGGGUGGCGAACACAAUGCAUUGGAACGAUCAAAAACGCACCUUUUACAUGAGUGCAACCACAUAGAACGUGUCUACUACAAAGCUUGUCGCCCGCUUAUGAUCUCAGAAGCCCAGUCGCAGAUAAGUUUCACAUUGAAAACAGAUCGCUUCAUAUCGUUGCUGGGACUUGUAAUUAAUAGCCGGCUGAUGCCUAGAAACCUAAGCGAGCACAAUCAAGAUCAAGUCUAUUUUGAGUCAAUUGACAUUGAAAUCCAAUCGGAAGGUGAACUUAUUUACCGAGGAAGUAUCGUCGACCAAAAAACACAGUACAAUUGCGACCUGAAUAUCAUGCUCGACCGGAACAUAAUUUUAUCAUCAAACGAUGAAUACUGCAUCAAACUGUUCUGGGGCAGGCAAGCCUUUGGAGCUGAAUAUCCUUGCAGUAUACAAUCUAACGUUGUUAAUGGGGUUACAUUUUUGGAUCACCACACGUCAAUGGACUGCAACGGAAGCAUCGUUAAAGGAAUAAAAUAUUUAAAUAUAGUUUAAAAUCUUCAUUUUCUCUUGGAUUAUAAAACUAUGCAUUUGCAGAUUGUGUGAAUCUCGUUGCCAAAAUGAAUAAAGCACGAUAUAUGCUAAUUUUAGAGGUUAGCGAACUUUGUAUUUUUUAUAUUCUUGAUGGAAACUCGUUUGAUAGCCACAAAAUGUCUGAGAUUUCCGAACUAUAAUUCAUUUCGUUUAUCUUAUAUGAGAAUAGAAAUUAUAAAAUCUGGAUAUGUAAAGGAUUUCAAAUAAUGCCACUGUGAUUUGUUGUGAAAUAUUUUUUAUGGAAAAUAGUGAAUAAAUAUUACUAUUAAAUAG